AUGAGGAAACUGAGACCCACAGAAGUUAUGCCACUGGGUUAAGGUCCCAAAGCAGGUCAGAACCAGAUCUAGGACCAGAACCGGCUCCUGGCUGCCUUCUCCUAAGGAUCGCUUUCCUGACAGAAGAGGUCAGGGACUCUGCAACAUUAUUUGAAGAAGGGUAAGGUUGACGCAGCUUUGCGCCUUUCGUUCCUGGAGUCUUCCUCCUUGGCCGAACCUUCUGACAGCACAGGGGACACAGGCUUUCCCGUUCUUGGAACACCCUUUGUCAGCAGAUGUACUUUUGUUUCCAGUUUCUAAUCUCCAAGUAAAAUGUAGCUCGACUGAAAUCCCAGAAGCAGGGAACAUACACAGAAUUUCUCUUCUUACAAUGGAGUCGAGUAAAAAGAUGGACCCUUCUGGCUCACUGCAGACCAACCCACCACUCAAGCUGCACCCAGACCGAAGCGCUGGGGCGUCCGUGUUCGUCCCUGAGCAAGGAGGGUACAAAGAGAGGUUUGUGAAGUCCGUGGAAGACAAGUACAAGUGUGAGAAGUGCCGGCUGGUGCUGUGCAACCCGAAGCAGACCGAGUGUGGGCACCGCUUCUGCGACAGCUGCAUGGCCGCCGUGCUGAGCUCCACCAGCCCAAAAUGUACUGCGUGUCAAGAAAGCAUCAUUAAAGAUAAGGUGUUUAAGGAUAACUGCUGCAAGAGGGAGAUUCUGGCCCUUCAGAUCUACUGUAGGAAUGAAAGUCGAGGCUGUGCAGAGCAACUAACCCUGGGACAUCUGCUGGUGCACUUGAAGAAUGACUGCCAGUUUGAAGAGCUUCCGUGUGUCCGCGCUGACUGCAAAGAAAGGGUCCUGAGAAAAGACCUGCGUGACCAUGUGGAUAAGGCCUGUAAAUACCGCGAGGCCACAUGCAGCCACUGCAAAAGCCAAGUUCCCAUGAUCACGUUGCAGAAACAUGAAGACACUGACUGUCCGUGCGUGGUGGUGUCCUGCCCUCAUCAGUGCAGAGUCCAGACCCUCCUGAGGAGCGAGUUGAGUGCGCACUUGUCAGAGUGUGUCAAUGCCCCCAGCACCUGUAGUUUUAAGCGCUAUGGCUGCGUUUUUCAGGGGACCAACCAGCAGAUGAAGGCCCACGAGGCCAGCUCCGCGGUGCAGCACGUCGACUUGCUGAAGGAGUGGAGCAGCUCACUGGAGAAGAAGGUCUCCUUGCUGCAGAAUGAAAGUGUGGAGAAGAACAAGAGCAUCCAGAGCCUGCACAACCAGAUAUGCAGCUUCGAGAUUGAGAUCGAGAGGCAGAAGGAGAUGCUGCGGAACAACGAGUCCAAGAUCCUGCACUUGCAGCGAGUGAUAGACAGCCAAGCGGAGAAACUGAAAGAGCUUGACAAAGAGAUCCGCCCCUUCCGUCAGAACUGGGAGGAAGCAGACAGCAUGAAGAGCAGCGUGGAGUCCCUCCAGAACCGGGUCACCGAGCUGGAGAGUGUGGACAAGAGCUCGGGGCAGGCGGCCCGGAACACAGGCCUGCUGGAGUCCCAGCUGAGCCGGCACGACCAGAUGCUGAGUGUGCAUGACAUCCGCCUGGCCGACAUGGACCUGCGGUUCCAGGUGCUGGAGACCGCCAGCUACAACGGGGUACUAAUCUGGAAGAUCCGUGACUAUAAGCGGCGGAAGCAGGAGGCCGUCAUGGGGAAGACGCUGUCUCUGUACAGCCAGCCUUUCUACACCGGGUACUUCGGCUACAAGAUGUGCGCCCGCGUCUACCUGAAUGGGGACGGCAUGGGCAAGGGGACGCAUUUGUCGCUCUUCUUUGUCAUUAUGCGCGGAGAGUACGACGCUCUGCUUCCCUGGCCCUUCAAGCAGAAGGUGACGCUCAUGCUGAUGGACCAGGGGUCCUCUCGGCGUCACCUGGGAGACGCGUUCAAGCCAGACCCCAACAGCAGCAGCUUUAAGAAACCCACGGGGGAGAUGAAUAUUGCCUCUGGCUGCCCGGUCUUCGUGGCCCAGACGGUGCUGGAAAACGGGACGUAUAUCAAAGAUGAUACCAUUUUUAUUAAAGUCAUAGUGGAUACUUCAGAUCUGCCUGACCCCUGACAAGUCACGGGGGAGGUGGACGGAGCAGAAGGCAACUCCUCUGGGGGGUUUGAACCGCUGUCUCCACCAAGGUCCCUGUGUCAGAACAGGGCCUUGUGGGACGGAGGAGGUGGCAGGCGGCGGCCCGGGCCGGCGGGAGGAACCAGCAAGAGGACGUUUUCUAAUAGACUAGCAACACUUCACUGAAGAAUUAUUUAUCCUUCGACGAGAUAAAUACGGCUGUCAGGGAAGGUUUUCAUUUUCAUUUUUAAAGAUCUCGUUAAUUAAGGUGGAAAACAUAUAUGCUAAACAAAAGAAUCAUGAUUUUCUUCCUGAAACUUGAACACACACACACACACACACACACACACAAACCCACCCACACGCACACACACCUGGGAAUAGCUGGACAUGUCAGCAUGUUAAGUAAAAAAGGAAUUUAUGAAAUAAUAAUGCAGUUCUGAUAUAUUCAUUCUGAAAUUCAAGAGUGCAGUCUUGUUUCAAAUACAGCAUACUGUCUAUUUUUAAGGCCUCGCCUGGUCUCUGUUUUAAUAGUUUGUUUGUCAGAAGACCCUGAAGUGCACCUCGGUCUUUUUUGGAAGUCUCUAAAUUCAGAAUCACUUUUUAAUUUAAAGUUCUAAAAUAAUUGUCACUGCAGACAUUUUAUUUUAAAACGUUGAUAGACUUAUAUUUCUUGGAAGAAAAUGUAAAAUAUCAAACACUGGUUAUCACUUGUGAUAGGAAAGAGAAUAUUCAAUCCGUCGUUAUUUCUCGUUAGAAAUGUAAACCUUCAAUAUCUGUCGUAGUUAAUGACACUACUUCAAAAUUAUUGCGAAAGGAAAAUUGCUCAUGGAUGCUAUGCAUCAUUUUCAGAUUUAUAAUUGUUUUCACCCUAAAAUAGGGCACUCGUUGAACUUUGGAGUUCUAACAAACCUGUAGGUUUUUAAAUCGUGCCCCACGUGUCCCGACAAGGUCUCGAUCGCCGACAGGCACCGGCCCUCAGUGUCCAGAGUCCGGGUGGGCGGGCGGCUUUUGCUGAAGGCGGCCCAGCAGGUGUCUCUUCAUUCUGUCAUGUGCUGCAUUCUGUUAAUGAGCUCCAAAAGCGACAUCUUUGCCUAGAGAUGGUGGCGUACUGUACAUGUGCCUUAGCCAUGCACGCUGCUUCCCGACCCGAGCUUUGUGUUCUCUGUGAUUCUAGGGAGUGACCGUGUAACCAGACUUCUCCCUCCACCACCAGAUCUGUCUCUGCGGCCCUCAGGCAGCUCCGCACCUGCUGGAGGGGUCAGGCUCCAUCCUCGGCCGCUGGGGCCCACUGCUUAAUUAUCACAGAUUCCAAAUCCCUGGGCCCCGCAGGUGAGCCGCCUGGUGAGGGAGAGGGCCCACGCAAGCAGAACCCUCAAGCAUUCCAGAGACCGCCGCUCCGGGGC